AUCCAAGGAUAGAAAUAAGUCUGUUCUUUGCAGCUUCAUCGUGGAUUUGGGUACUUUUGACAAAGCGAAUUUCGUUCAAACAAUGAUUUCUGCACAAUGUUUCGUUUAUCUCGUCGGCGUGUUGUUAUUCAUGACUGCGACUGAAGCAAUAGGAAUUGGCGAAAUAGAAGGAGGUACCAUUGGUGGUUAUGGACUCGGCGCUUCUGGCGUGGCAGCGAGUAAUCGUGGUGGUUCUGGCUAUGGUGGACGUACAAGUGGAGUCUCUUCCAAGGGCUACGACAGGGGUUUCAGUUAUGGAACUGGAUACGAUACAGGAAAGGCUAUCAGCGUCGGCGACGAAGAAUACGGAGGCAAAGGUUUUGGUGAAAAUGAGCUGGUCGGUUACGGAUUACAGCGAACAGGUUAUGGUGGCAAAGGAUACAGAAGAUUACGAGGACCCUUCAUCUUCUUCCGAUAGAGUCUCUAUGGACAUCUGGCUCAAAAGCUAUUGAUUUUUUUUAAUAUAUUCUACGAACAUGGAGACAUCAAAACGCAAAUGUAUAUCACGAGAAUAUUAAAUUGCAAUUUCUGGACUUUUUAUAUCAUAUUUGCUAUUCAAGUAUUUGUUUAUUCAUAAAUAAAAUAUUGAUAAAUAAAA